CCAGUGCGCAGAGGCGACGUCCUAAGAACCUAAUUCAUUCUGGUGCCUUUUCGCGCAGCAGCAAGGAUGUUGUAUCUCUAUCUUCUAACCCUGAGCCUAUCGUCUAUCCAUGGCAUCCUCCUUCCUGAAUCUGCCAGGCCCGUGGAUUUGGACACCAACCAGAUCCUUGAGGAUAAUUUGGCACAAGGACACACGACAUUAAACGAGAUGUUUGAGGAGGUAGAGCAACUGAUGGAGGACACGCAUACUAAACUGGAGGACGCGGUGCACCAGAUGGACAAUGAGAGUGCAAAGUCCAGCUUGCAUCCCCAUGACCUUCCCUCAAAUUACCACAACGAAAGCACUUCUGAGAGUGUGGUUGAAAACCAAUCCAUCCACACCAUAGAGACCGUACACAAGGAGACAGACAACAGAACAGGAGAGACCCACAUCACCAGAACAAUUAUCCAGUCCAGUGGCAAGGGAAAUAAUAUUAAUCAUGAGUGUGUCAUUGAUGAGGACUGUGAGAAGGGAAAAUAUUGCCGGUAUGAGACACACCGAUCAAAGUGUCUAACCUGCAAAGCCCUCGACGUGCCCUGCAAAAAGGAUGAGGAGUGCUGUACAGGACAGCUGUGUGUGUGGGGCCAGUGCAGCCAGAACGCCACUAAGGGGGAAGCUGGCAGCAUCUGCCAAUACCAGAACGACUGCAGCCCAGACCUCUGCUGUGCUAUCCAUAAAGCCCUGAUGUUCCCAGUGUGCACGGCCAAGCCAAUAGAGCGUGAGCGCUGUCAUGGCUCCUCCAAUCACCUGAUGGAGCUGCUGUCCUGGGACAUAGAGGGCCAGGGACCAAAGGAACACUGCCCCUGUGCUGAGGACCUCCAGUGUCAACAUCUCGGCCGAGGCUCGCUGUGUCUGAAAGGAGAGAACUCGAGUGAAGAGGACCUGACAGACACACUUUAUUCAGAAAUUGACUAUAUCGUCUAGGAGUAACCAUGCAGCUCAACCUUUUCAGGCCUGUAGACAAUCAGAGGGGUCUCCAGUGAUUUCAGCCUAGAAAAUGAAGUGGCUCCCCCUCUCACAAGGCUUACAUGUAAGAUUCUUCCAUCUAAAAGCUGGCAUUGCUGUUUUUUUCUAUUUGCUCGAAUUUAACCAAAAAUCUAGAUUUUGCAUAGUGCAUAACACCAUGUAUGUAUUAGAUGGAAUUGACUUUUUGGAAAUUCCCGAUUCCUAGACGUUCACACUGUUCAAAGGUAGUGUGUAUGAUGACUACACUCCAAAUCUGCAAUAAGAGUUCUUCAUGUUUGAGCAAAUAUGUACUGAAAUAUACCCCAUCCUGCUCGUCUCACUUAUGCGCCUACCUUAAGGAUGGAGAGUUCGCUGGAGAUGCACCGUUGAGGCCCUUUGCUCAAAAUAAUUAAGUCAAGUUAGGGGUGAAGAAAGAAUCAACACAAUGUACUGUAUACAUGUGAAGUAGCUUGCUUAAUCCUGGUUUUUGUUUAAAAUAGUGGUUUAAACAAGGACAGAUGAAUCUUUCUGAAUGUGGACCACUGACAGAAAAUGACAGGUCAGCUCAUCAUGCCCCAAACUUGGUAAUGGAAACUAUAACCCAGACACAUGCAGCUUGCAAAACUUUUGCUCACAAGGAAAUAAAAGGCUUUGAAAAUG